AUGCGUUUCACCAUCACUACCGCUCUCGGAUGCUUGUUUGCUGCCAGCCUUGCACAUGCUCAACAAGGCCAAGCUCCUGCCGGUACGGAUCCACUUGAAGCUUUGGGUAACUACUGCAAGGUACUCGGCCCAACAGCUCAAGACCCUGUUGCAUUGACAACUGCGUUUUGCCAAAAUUUGGCUGCCGGUGAUGCAGCAACUGGUGCUAGCCAAGGUGGCGCUGCUGGUUCCAUCCCUGGUGUCAAGGAGUUGUGCGAAUUGGUCAAGACGGAACCAGCUCAAGCCCAACAAGCUGUAAACGCUGUUGAAGGCACAGCCCCACUCCCAGAAGCUGCCAAGGGUAUUCUUGACAAGGCUCAGAACAUUUGCAAGAAACAGGGUAAACCCACGUCCGCUGGUGGCAAGGACACCGCAAACACUGGUGCUCAAUAA